AUGACAGAGAUAACAGAUAGUAAAGGAGAUGAAGCACAUGGGUUUCUAAAUGUGGAAAUGAGAGAAAACCAGACAUUUGCACUAAGAAAUGUUGAAGAUGUUGGACAGCAAGAAUGGAGAAAGGCAUUGGGAACGGAGGUGAAGCAAAAAGCUAAAAAGUCCUCUUCACCCACCUCCUCCUCCUCCUCCUCCUCUUCCUCCUCCUCCUCUUCCUCCUCCUCCUCCUCCUCCUCCUCCUGCCUCAACCUCUUACCUCUCAGAGUUCACCGAGGAAGUCCAUCUUCAUCCUCACUUCCUGGCUACAAAAGAACCCAGUUCCUCGCCGAGGUGAGGAGAAGCCUCCUAGUCAAGGCUGCUUCUUGUUCUUCUUCUUCCUCCUCUUCUUCAUCCUUCUCCUCCUCCUCUUCUCCUCCUCCUCCUCCUUCUCCUUCUUCUUCUUCGUCUUCUUCUUGGAUUCCCUUCGGCGACCACAUUUCGGAUUAUUCAAACUGGAUAUAA